UUGCGUGAACGCGCCAUUAUAAUCUAGGGAUAAGUACCGUGUAUGCGUUAGUCGACUUAUAUCGUGAUUGGAACAGUGGGAGGACUAUCGUCUGCACUUGUCUACUGAUAUUUCCAUUGGAAAGCACCCAUAAAAACGCUUUUACGAACGGACCUAUAACCUAAUCUAACUUGAACCUAAACCUAAUAAAAUAACCAAAAUAAGUAAAAUCUAACCUAUUUCAACUUAACAUAACCUAACUAAAUGUGAGUAGAGAAAUUUCCCUAGGGUUACGUACGUCAUCAAUUCUAGAAUAUAGUAAAAGAGAAUAAAUAACCGGAAGUAAAAAACCUUGUUAAUCCAUAAGCACGACAAUAAUUGACUACUGUGUUGUCUGAGUAUUAAUUACUUGUCACAGUUCCGCGUCUUACCCUCAAAAAACAGACACCGACUGGAAUUUGUAAUACGUCAAGAAAAUCGAAAAUUUAAAAGCGCCGGAAGGCAAAUUUAGACGGCCAUAUUGGAAAACUCGUUUUCGCAUUUACAAGGGGUCAAGUACUGUCACUUCCUUCGGCGACUUGAAUUGGACCUCGGACAAGUUUAGACUCAUCGCCAGAUCUCAAAUUGUGAACGGUUUGUUUUGCAACCGUUGAAAGAUCGAAAUACAAACGGUGCAGUCGCAUCGUCGUAAGGAAGCUGAAAGAUCAUUAGAAUAGUUGACUUGAAAUACGGUCAAUAAUAUUUGUGGUGCCGGCGCACUUUAAUAUAACGAGGAACGGCAGUUUUAAGAGAAAAGCUGGCCGGUGUGGUGUUUUCAACGAGUCGUUGGGCAGAAGACGAGCAAAACGGCUUCUCAAAAAAAAUCGUCGAGGAAGAUGGCGGAGACGGAGGAGUUAGAGAAUAUGGUUCUAAGUUUUCGGGUGUCUGAACUACAGAUGCUUUUGGGUUUCGCUGGUAGAAAUAAAUCUGGUAGAAAGAACGAACUACAAACCAGAGCCCUGGAAUUAUUACGUUUAAGAUCUCAUCCAGUUCAACUUAAAAUUCGAGAACUUUAUAAAACAAUUCAAGCAGAUCAGCUUGCAGCACAUCAGCUGUAUAGCCAAACUGGUGGUGCAGCAGAACCAGCAAUAGAUCAAAAUAUGCAUUCCCGGAACUAUUAUACAAGACAGGGUCAUGCUCAGGCAAUGGGCCAACAGCAACCUCAAUCAUCUGUUGCUGCAACUAAAGAUUUGCCACCAGCACAUCAAGCAUCGCUACCGCAAUCACAAGUAUCAGCCAGAACAAACCCUGUUUAUCCUGCAGCAGGUUACACAAGUGUAACACCACAGCGCUCAACAAGUGCCGUUUAUUCGCCAUAUCCAUAUCAGGCAAAAGUAUUGCCUCCACAAUUACAAAUUCAGCAACCAUCACAAUAUCCCGUCCACCCGGACGUGAAGCUAAAGAAACUGCCAUUCUUUGACAUGCUUGGUGAGCUUCUAAAACCAUCGAGCCUGAUGCCACAAGGUUCGAUGAGACUUCAAGAAAGCUCAUUCAUGUUUCAUCUAACGCCACAACAAUCUACUGACAUUGCGAGUUCUAGAGAUUGUCGAGCAGGAAGCAAAAUGGAUUACACUGUUCAGGUUCAAAUGCGCUUCUGUUUGCAAGAAACUUCAUGCGAACAGGAAGAUUAUUUUCCACCGAGCAUCGCUGUUAAAGUUAAUGGAAAGCCUUGUGCCUUGCCUAAUCCUAUACCCACAAAUAAACCUGGGGUCGAACCGAAGAGGCCUCCGAGGCCAGUAAACAUUAGUCAGUUGGUGAAACUGUCGCCAACGGUGGGAAACCAAAUACAAGUCACGUGGUCAGCUGACUAUAACAGACGCUACGCCAUAGCUGUGUAUCUUGUGAGAAAGCUGUCAAGCAGUGAACUUUUGACAAGAUUAAAAACACGCGGGGCGCGACAUUCGGAUUACACACGGGGUUUAAUUAAGGAAAAACUAAACGAGGAUGCGGACAGUGAAAUUGCUACGACGUCCUUACGCGUUUCACUUGCCUGUCCUCUUGGUAAAAUGCGGAUGAGCACGCCUUGUCGUUCGUCUACUUGCUCGCACUUGCAAUGCUUCGAUGCAUCUUUGUUUCUGCAAAUGAACGAACGAAAACCAACCUGGAGUUGUCCAGUGUGUGACAAACCAGCGCUGUAUGACAAUCUCGUCAUCGAUGGUUAUUUCCAGGACGUCCUUAGCUCGAGUAAAUUAUUGCCAGACGUCAAUGAGAUACAGUUGUUACAGGAUGGCUCUUGGGAGAACCUUGUGCUCAAGAAAGAAAAGGAUAAGGACAAAGAACUCAAGUCCGAAAUAAAUUCACAUAACAAAAUCGACGUGGAUACAGUUGAUCUUGACGAAUCCAACCCCAUCUCUCCAACGCCAAAGGAAAAGAAACGCGCUGUUAUUAUCGACCUAAUAUCCGACAGCGACGACGAGGAUUCGAAUCCUAGUCAAAGUUCGAAUAAAAAAUUCGCCAGUGGGUUAACGUCACCUCAGAAGUCCAGCGUUCACAGUGCGAUCAGCAGUACAAGUCGAUGUCAUCCUCAGGAUCCGGGGUCCAAUCCCAUGGUGCAAUCCCAUUUUAUAAUUUCCUCAGGAAUGCGCAGCAGUGUGCGCGUGCGCAAUGUAGCGGAUGCCGUGAUCGCGUCUGCACAGAACAGUCCCGAGAGAAGCGCAUGCUCAUUGACCGCCGAUCACGGCAUCAGCCAAUCGCCGAUAAUGAGGAUCCUGAAGAAUCGGCAGUCUCAACCUCAGCGGACGCAAUUGCACCAGGAGUCGGACAAAGAGGAUACUAUUCGCAAUUGCAAAUUUUGCAAGUGGCUCAUUGACAAAGACAGAAGUGAGAAGGACUUCAUCAGGCAAAUAUUGUGGACGGAUCAGACUACGUUUACAAAUGAAGCCAUUGUCCAGCAUCGCAACAAUCAUGGGAACGCUGAGGGUUCGUCCACGACGCAAGAAACACAAGCGGAAGCUGUGUGGUCAAUUAAUGUCUGGGCUGGUAUCGUGGGUGAUCGCAUAAUCGGUCCUCAGUUUAUCGAGGAACAGGUUGAUUCUAGUGAAGCGUCUUAUCGGUUUUUAAAUGUGGCUGUGAACGAAUUACUCGAGGACCUUCCACUAAAUGUAAGGCAGGAAAUUUGGUUUCACCAUAACUGUUCUGGGCAGGAUUGUUCGAGAAUAAAGGAAAUACUUGACAGAACGUUUCCUGGCAAAUGGAUUGGUCCUGGUAAUUCUGAUCACGAGUGGCCAUCGGAAUCCGCAGAUUUAAAUCCAGUCAAUUUUUUCUUGUGGAAUUACGUGAAACGAGUCGUUUAUGUAACUCGUCCUCAGUGCCCGGAAGAUUUGAAAAAACGUAUUAUCGACGCAUGCGCUAAAAUCACACCGCGGAUUCUACGCACGUUGGAAGCCUCUAUUAUAAGUCGCGCUUUAUUCUUUAUUCAGGAACAACAGUCUUCUUGAGCAGUUUCGUUAACUGAUAUUCAUUGUCUUAUCCAUGAGAUUGUAAUAAAUCCAAAUGCUCCAAAGUA